AUGGCAGACAGUGAGAAACCCCAGGAGCUGAGGGAGAAUGUAACGGCUGCUACCACUGGCUCCGAUGUGGCCGAUUUGAAGAAGACCCUCACCAUUGACACCCUUCACCAAGACGAGGCCUUGAAAGUGCUGGCAACAUACUCAGGGGAAGAGACCUGGGACGAAAACGAGGAAAAGCUGGUUAGGAGGAAGAUAGAUAAGAGACUGCUGCCAAUCCUCUGCGCUACAUAUGGCCUGCAAUACUAUGACAAAGCUAUGAUUUCUCAGGCGGCUUUAUUCGGACUACGAACAGACUUGGAGCUAACAGGCAACCGAUACUCUAUGUCGUCGGCAAUUUUCUAUUUGGGUUUCAUAGUGGGCGCAUACCCUGCCAUUUGGAUGGCACAACGAUACCCCAUCGAAAGGGUGGCAUCAAUCAUCGUCUGCAUAUGGGGCAUCUGCCUUAUCUGCACAAGCGCAUGUCACAACUGGCAAGGUCUAUAUGCCCAACGGUUCUUCCUCGGCUUCCUGGAAUCGGGGAUCAGCCCGAUGUUCAUGCUCGUCGUCGGCCAAUUCUACAAAAAGAAUGAACAGGCCUUGCGCAUGGGAGCCUGGUACUGCUGCACCGGCUACGUGUCUAUUGUGUCUCCUCUGAUUAACUACGGUCUCGGCCAUAUCACCGGCGCCCUCUCUCCGUGGCGCUAUAUGUAUAUCGUUGCAGGCUCGUUGACGGUCAUCUGGUCUGUGGUCAUCUAUUUCUUCAUGCCUCCGGACCCAAUCCGGGCAAAAGGCUUCAACGAACGAGAAAGAUACAUCGCGGUCGCAAGGCUUCGAGUGAACAACUCUGGCGUCAGGAAUACCCAUUUCAAGAAGGCGCAAGUGUUCGAGCUAAUGAUCGACAUCAAAUUUUGGAUUGUCUUCGCAAUGGCAUUUUUGAUGAUGAUCGCGAAUGGGCCGGUUUCGACCUUCGCCCCAAUCAUCAUCGCGGGCUUCGGAUACAACACACUUACCUCUCUCCUUCUGAUCAUGCCUGCAGGACUCCUCAUUGGAACCAUCGAGCUCCUGGCGCCUUACAUCGCAUACAAAUAUCCCAAGAUGCGCGCAUAUCUCGUUGCGAUCUGUGAAAUGGGCACAGUCGUCGCAGCGCUGCUGUUGUGGCUCUUACCCCGCAGCUCCAAGGGAGGUCUUCUGUUCGGUGUUUACAUCCUGGCAAGCUUCGGCGGUGCCUAUGCAGUCUUGAUGGGCAUGCAAAUUGCGAAUACAGCGGGCUAUACCAAGAGAUCAGUCGCAUCAUCUGUCCUUUUCAUUGGGUACUGCUUGGGUAUGUCACUUGCAUCUAAUAUUUUCUUUGGUCUUUUCAAGAAUCGAUUGGCUGAUUAUCCCUUUAUUUUGGGAACAGGCAAUUUUGUCGGUCCUCUUCUCUUCAAGCCUGAGGAUGCCCCAGCCUAUGCGCCAGGCUUUAUAGCUGUGGUGAUCACUUCCGCCAUCACGGCCGGACUAUCAAUCGUCUACCGCUUCAUAUGUGUCUGGGAGAAUCACAGACGUGACAAAGCUGGCGUACCGGAAGGAUUUGAGCAUGCCUAUGAAGAUGACUUGACAGAUAGAAAGAACCCACAAUUCCGAUAUACGCUCUAA